GGUGGCAGCGGCCGGCAGAGCAGGUCAAUUUCCUUAAAUAGUGCCAAAGGAAAGAGGAUGGAACCAGAAAAUACUGCCAAGGAAACAGUCCUCAUUACUGGAGGAGGUGGUUAUUUUGGCUUCCGUUUAGGUUGUGCGAUAUACCAAAAGGGAGUUGAUGUGAUUCUCUUUGAUGUUGUGAAGCCACUUCAAACCGUGCCAGAGGGAAUAAAGUUCAUGCAAGGGGAUGUCUGUUGCCUGUCUGAAGUGGAAGAGGCUCUUAGAGAUGUAAUCUGCAUUUUCCAUAUCGCUUCCUAUGGAAUGUCUGGCAGGGAGCAGCUGAACCGAAAACUUAUAGAAGAUGUUAAUGUGAAAGGAACAGAAAAUGUCAUCCAAGCCUGCAAGAGCACAGGAGUGUCGAGUCUGGUUUAUACAAGUACAUAUAAUGUGGUAUUUGGAGGCCAGAUUAUAGAAAACGGGGACGAAUCUCUGCCUUAUCUACCUCUUCACCUUCAUCCAGAUCACUACUCCCGGACCAAAUCUUUAGCUGAAAUGAAGGUGCUCCAGGCAAAUGGUGCUGAGCUUGGAAAUGGGAAAGGUGUAUUAAGGACUUGUGCUCUCCGACCAGCAGGCAUCUAUGGGCCUGGAGAACAAAGACAUCUUCCAAGAAUAGUUAGUUACAUUGAAAGGGGACUGUUUAAAUUUGUGUAUGGAGAUCCUCUUAGUUUAGUAGAAUUUGUACAUGUAGACAAUCUAGUUCAGGCUCAUAUCCUUGCCUCUGAGGCCCUCAAAGCCAACAGAAAGCACAUAGCUGCAGGCCAAGCCUAUUUUAUUUCAGAUGGCAAGCCUGUAAAUAACUUUGAAUUUUUCCGACCGUUAGUGGAAGGUUUGGGUUACAAGUUCCCAACCUGUCGUCUUCCUCUCUCCCUUGUCUAUUUCUUUGCAUUCCUUACUGAACUAGUUCAUUGUCUUGUAGGUCACGUUUAUAAUUUUCAGCCUCUCCUCACUCGCACAGAGGUUUACAAAACUGGUGUCACACAUUAUUUUAGUAUGGAGAAGGCCAGAAAAGAGCUGGGGUAUAAGCCUCAGCAAUAUAGCCUGAAUGAAGUGGUUGAGUGGUUUAGAUCUCAGGGAUGUGGACCAAAGCCAAGAAAGUAUAACAUUAUGCAUCUUGUUAGGGAUGGGGGACUGCUUUUGCUGCUGGUUUCCAUCUGCAGUUACGUUUUCACUCUGAAAGAUGAAACGUUGAGUAUGGAGGACAGAAUUUAGUUAUGUUCUCAGAGUACUCUUGGUUUUGACAGACAGGUAAUAAAAAAAAUAAAAAAACCCAAGAAAAUACACAUUUGUGUCAUUCAGGUAAAUAUCUUUAACAGUUUUAUCCCCAAGGAACGGAACUGCUGAGUAAAAAGGUGUAAUUUUUAUACAUAGUUCCUCUUCAAAGUAAAAUUGAUCAUAUCACUAACAAGAUGAAGCUCAGUAUUACUGCAAACAGCAUUUUAUUUUCAGGUACAACAGCACACUACAGGGAAUGGAACAAGUGUCCUUAGACUGACCCUUCUUCCUCCCUGAUGGGAUUAUACUCUUGAUCCCUGCCCUUUAUUCCUAAAAAGUUUGUGCUACAUGAUCCAGAGGAGAAUAAACUUAUUCUUUGAUCACAUUCCAAAACCAAAUUCUGCUUUCCAGCUUGGAUGUAUAUAUGCCUAACCAAGAUUAACUGAUAAACUGCUAGACAAUAAAUAAAUGCUUUUUUUUAAAUGAAUA